GAGACGGCACGCUUUCUUUCUCUCUCCUCUCAGGUAACAUAACCACUAACUAACUCUCGGGGAUUCAUUCUCUUCUUCCUUCAAAUUCCCAAACACAAAUACCUCCCCAAACCCUAAUCCAAUGCCACCGCCACCCUCCGAUCUCCGUCAUCUGGACCCCAGGGUCUGGCGUGCCUGCGCCGGCUCUUCCGUCCAAAUCCCCGCCCUCCACUCUAGGGUUUACUACUUCCCCCAAGGUCACAUUCAGCAUUCCUGUCGCUCCGCUCCUGUUCUCUCCACUCUCGCCUACUCCAAACCACUCAUCCCCUGCAUCGUCUCUGCCGUUCACUUCCUUGCCGAUCCUGUCACUGAUGAAGUAUUUGCAAGGAUCUUCCUCCUUCCGGUCCUCGAACCUUUUGGAGGCCCUAACCAAUUUGUGCAGGAGAGUAUGAACGGUAGUGAUGAUGGUGAUAAUAAAAGGAUUCUUUCCUUUGCCAAGAUUCUCACGCCGUCCGAUGCUAAUAACGGUGGCGGCUUCUCGGUCCCGCGGUUCUGUGCGGAUUCCAUCUUCCCGCCUCUUAACUAUCAAGCUGACCCGCCUGUGCAAACUCUCUCUGUCUGUGACGUUCACGGUGCAGUCUUUGAGUUCCGCCAUAUCUACCGAGGCACGCCGCGCCGUCACCUUCUCACUACUGGUUGGAGCAAGUUCGUCAACCAUAAGAAGCUCAUUGCUGGUGACUCUGUCGUGUUUAUGAGAGAUUCGACCAACGGCCAGAUGUUCAUUGGCGUCAGGCGAUCUGUGAAGAAGGACACUGGCGGGGAUUAUGCUAGGUGGCGUGAGCCAAUUUCCGGAGGAGGAACCGGGUCGGAAGGUAGGGGUGUUGAGGGCUUUUCCAAGGGAGGAAGGGAGAGGGUGACGCUGGAGGCAGUGGCAGAGUCGGUGGAGAGGGCUGCAAAAGGGCUGCCGUUCGAGGUUGUCUACUAUCCGAGGGCUGGGUGGGCGGAUUUUGUGGUGAGGGCGGAGUCAGUAGAGGCUGCGCUCGGCAUUUCGUGGGUGGAAGGGAUGAGGGUGAAGAUGGCAGUGGAGACUGAGGAUUCCUCACGGAUGUCAUGGUUCCAGGGAACUGUUGAUUCUGCUGCACCGGAACGCGGAUGCUGGGGUGCCUCUCCUUGGCGAAUGCUUCAGGUUACAUGGGAUGAACCUGAAGUUCUGCCGAAUGCAAAGAGAGUGAGUCCGUGGCAAGUUGAAUUUCUUGCCCCCUCACCACUUCAUGCCACAUUUCCUCCAGCAAAGAGAUUAAAAUUUCCUGAGAAUUCUGGGGUCACAGAUGGAGAAGGAGAUAUCUUCUUUCCAAUUAGUGGAUUUACUAAUUCAACAAUGGGUCAAAUAAAUUCAUCACCGUUGAAUCACUAUUUUCCUGCUGGCAUGCAGGGAGCCAGGCAAGAGAAUUCUAGCUUACUUAGCUUAAGCAACUUUGUAAAUGAAAGUAAUCCUAUUACAUGCAACACUGACUUUUCUGGAAAACAUAUGAUGCCAAAGUUGAAAAGGGUGUCCACUGAACUCAACAUUGGCAGUGUUCAAUCUGACAACUUGUCACCUGGUAGCCAGAGUAGUGUGCCUUCUGUCAGCAUGGAACUGGUUGAAAACAAGGGAUACAACUCAGCAAAAGUUGGUAACAAUUCACUUCAGCUGUUUGGUAAGAUCAUUUAUAUGAAGGAGCCCAGUGAUAGUGGUUCUGAUGAUGUUGGUUCCCCAGAAAGCAAUGAAACUGAAGGUGUACACAAUGAACUAGACCUUUCCUUGAAAUACCACUAUUCAGAAUUUUGCUUGAGAGGCUAGAUGUUGUGUAAAAGAACCUCAGCUGUUCAAUUUUCCUCAUGAACAAUUGCUUGUGUCUGUGUCAUGCAGAUGAGUAGCUGUACAGGUAUGACUUAUUCCAGUUGAAUUUCAUUAUCUGUUGAUGCAGCUAGGAUUUUGUAUUUUUAGGUUAUACUUUUUUCUAAUGAUUUCUUAAAGUUUGUAGAGUCUGACCAAAUCUGCAUGAUAUGCUUCCCUUUUGUCUAGCCUCAGUAUAUUUAAGCUUUAUUGUGCCUGUUCCAACUACAUAUUCUUAGACAUUAUUAUCAUGUUUUUUUCUUGUAUGUAAUGAUGCUUGUAGGUUUACUUUUAUGUUAAUAUUGAUAUUGCUUGCUGUAGGAUUGUCCAUUUUGAACUUGUUCAUUAUGUUGUUUAAAAUACAAAAUGAAAACUACAUUGAUCAAAUAUCACAGUGACUCGCCCCUCAUUGCAUGGAUGAGAACACUAAAAUAAAUAAGUUUUUUCCUUUAAAAAUAAAAAAAGUUAGUAAUUAAGUCUGCUUGUGAAUCCUCAAUCUAUAUGUACUAUCUCAUGCUUCUUAUGUGGCCAGAAGGUGACUUUCAGGUCUCCGCAGAAGGUGUUUUUGUUCUGUUAUUAUUACGAACAUUUUUGGUUCACUAAUGCAUCUUAUUUGCAAAGACAAUGGUGUAUCCGUCUCUGAUUACAUUUUAGUGAAUGUAGUAUAGGAAUACUUAAAAUUUCCUUGUUCUCCCAGAGCAUGGCUGCUUGGACACUCAAUUUCAAGAUUGGUACUUGGUACAAAGGAUCAGUGCUUCUGAUUCAAAUAUGUGAUCAAGUUUUAAGUAUUUAUUUCUUUUUUCCAUAAAUUUAUAGAGAACAUUAAAUUACUGAGUAUGAAUAAAAAUGUUUACCCUUU